AGCAAAUCAAUCAAGUGAAUAAUCACGUCCCAAACGGCGCAGCCCGGGCGCCGCGGCGAUGGAGGACGACUACUCUGACAUUGAUGUCAUACUGUGCAGCCGCAGCGUCCGCCGCAGCCCCCGCAGCCCGCCCCAUGAUGCCCAACCAAAAAAGCAUCGUCGCUCACGCCACGCCGCGCAGGUACGACCAGGGCCAAGAAAAGGGACGAGAAAGGCUGCGCCUAGGACGUGUCACGCCGUCCGCCGACGAGGUGAAGAGCUUGGCUCAGAGAGCACUGAACCGGAGAGGCGCCCGCGUCUUCCGGCCCCUCGUCGAAGAGCCCCUCUGGUCUCGAGGCAUCAAGGCCGUCGGCGCGGGAAAGAUAGAAUGGGACCGGCUGCGCGAACGCUAUUUAGAUGACGAGUUCGACGAGUUCCGACCCGGAAGAGAUAGGUUCCUCGUCGUCGAGUGCGACGAACCCUACACGCCGAAACGAAGGUCUUCUCAGGUGUCACCACCAUCGUCCAUCGAGGCGUCAUCACCGAUAAAACCGCUGCCCGAGUCGCCCGCGUUACAUUUCGACGACCGACAGACGGCAAUCCUCGAACGCGCGACGACGGCCUGGAUCAAUCGUACCGAAGCGACGUCGCCGACUGGUGGUAGAUAUGUGGCGGCUUUGCGGGCCGCGCGGCACGACGUCGACCGACUGCGGGCCGCGCGGACGGUGGCGGGCGUCUUGGAGGACGGCGACGUGCGGCGGAUCGUGCGGCGCUUCCGGAGCUGGCGGCGCUCUAGUGGAUUGAUGGAGGCGCGGGCGGCCUUCUCUAAGAGAUGUGGAGCCGCGGUCGUGCGGCGGCGUCGUGUAGAGGCGUUCUCUUUGUUGAAGGAGCAUGCGGCUUCUGUGCGAGCGUCGCGCCGCGGUGCCGCGGCGGCGUUAUGUGUCGCGGCUUUGAGAAGAGGCGUGCGGCGACAGAUGAGGGCCGCGUUUCGUUUUCUGCGCGCCGCGAGCGCGUCGACGAACACGCAAGUGCGGGCGCUGCGCCACCUCGCCCGGAGCAGCGCCGCGAAACACUGCGCGAUGGCCUGGCGGACCUGGAUGCGAGCCGCGUUUCGUCUCACGGGCGCCGCUUCGACACAAGUGCGGGCGCUGCGCCGCCUCGCGCUCAGCAGCGCGGGCAAGCGCCGGGCGAUGGCCUGGCGGAGUUGGUUGCUGGUCGUGCGGCGCGCGACGGUCCUCAAACGCGUCGCGGCCAUGAUUCGGCGGGAAGCGGCGAGAAAUGGGCUGCGGGCUUGGCGCGCGGCGGCCCGGCGGAGGUCUACAAUCGAGGACCGGGCCUUGUCAUUACAAAGGCGCGUCGCGGCGACAUCAAUCAGACGGCGCAAGCGCCGAGCCCUGGCCACCAUCAUAAGUUUCGGGCGACACAAUUCCACGCUCCGCCACGUCGCGGCGACGCUGGGCGGCGUUUUGCAGAGGACGCGGCACAAACGGCUCGCGCGCGCGCUCGCUUCCUUAAAGACCGUGGGCGCGGCGCGCGCUUUACGGAAGCGGACGCUGCGCCGCGUCGCGGCCAGACUCGCCCACGGCCGCGCGCUCCUUGCUUACCAGGCCUGGCGCCGCCGCGCGACGCUGGAGAGCCGUUGUACACAAGCUCUCCGAAGCGUCCUGCGGGCCGCGGCCACGAUCAACGUGCGGGCCGCCUUCUUCCUCCUCAGCCGCAACGCGCGGCGCGUCGGCGAGCAGCGGCUCGGGCUGGUCUUCUGCGCCGCGGCCCUCGAGCGGACGCGCGAGCAGCGGCUGCGGCGGGCGCUGGCGAAGCUUUCCAAGAACGCCGCGGGCCUCAGGGCGGCGACGUCCGUCGCUCUGUGCGUCCUCGCGUCGACACGGGCCAAGCGCGACGCGGCGUCAAUCCUCUGCCGCGGCGCGCUCCGGCGGACGGUCACGGCCCUGCUGCGGCGCGGGCUCACCGCUUUUGUAAAACAAGCGGCCGCGGCGCAGCAGCUCUGCGCGACCGCUUCGCGUAAACAGGCGGGCGCGGUCAUCUGCACCGCAAUGGUUCGAAGAACGGCGACCACGCAAAUGAAGAGUGCCUUGGUAAGGCUGCGAAGCCACACCGACCGGUGCGACCGCCGCGUGCGCUCCUUGCGCCGCAUCUUAGGCAUCGCACGCGACGCGGCGCUCCGAACUGCGGUAUGGAGCUGGCGCGCCAACGUUGGGGUGGUCGGCGUCCUCGCGAAGCAAAUUCUCAAUCACGAGAUCGCCGCGCGCUACCUCGGCGUCGUCAGCCGCGCGUCGAAACGCAAUUCUACCAAGAGAGCCUGGCGCCGCUGGAGCUGCACGGCCGCGCGCCUGACCGGGCGGAAUCGGCUCGUGUGCGCUCUCGCGCAAGACCGGAGAAGUAGGUCCGCAUUUGCCGCCUGGCGGUCUUCGGUAAAGGACGACCGCGCGAAGCGCCUGGGCGUGUUCGUCGGCGUUCUGGUCGGGACGGCGGCGCGCCACAUGAAAGGACGUGGAUUGCGGCGCUGCUUCGGCGAACUCAAGAUGCGCCAGCGGCGCGGCGGCGCGGCGCGGCGCGUCCUUUUGUUGUUCGCGACGGCGCUCGAGAGCCGCGUCGAAAAAGCGUUCGAUCAGUGGGCGCGGGACGCGUCCUCGCAGAAGCGCCGCGCGGGGCUGCGGCGGCGCCUCGAGGGCCGGUUGCUGGGCCGGGCCUGGGUGCGCUGGCGCUCUCAUGUGGAAGUGGACCGGGAGCUGCGCCUGCUCCAGCGGGGCGUGCGCGCGCUCGCGCGGCCACGCAUGCUCGUGGCCGACUAAUACACUAUACACUGGCAAACAUACUUACAGGCGAGGGGUCAGACAAGGGGUCAGACAAGGGG